CUUUUUUCUUUUUCACCCACCCAGAUAUUUACUGCAGCAGGAUUCAGACACACUCGUGUUUACGCUUUUCCCAUCUCGAAGCAGUUUUCUCAGGCUAUUUUUGUAUUUUUCUCUGCCAAGAAUAGGCUGCUGGACGGCGCAAACAACAACAGCAUAGACACACAUCGCGAACAUCGCCGACCCAACAGAAAUGGACACAGGAACGAAUAUCCCGCAUACAUUGCGGCAUCUCCUUUCCAAGGGCGCCACCUCAGCCCAGCAGCAACAACAGCAGCAGAUGUACGAAGAGUACCAGAACAUGCAGUCGCCAAUGUCAGUGUCGGCAACACUGCCUGCGUCGCAGGCGUCGCUAGGUAGCAAGCUGACAUCCGUGGGCAGCUCGGGGAACCUGAAGACAGGCGGGUCGCUUGGUGCAUGGCUCACCAAAUAUCACCUGCGCCCCAAUCUAAGCCGGUCGUCUGUGGGCAAUCUGAGCGGUGGGCCGAGCACAAAUUCGCUCUCGUCGCAAUCAACAACAUCGAUGAGCGGGCGCACACAUGUAGACGCAACAAAGGUUCUGUUGGCAAACAAGCAGCAGCAGGCUAUAAAUAGCAGCAUGGCUUAUGCGGCGUACAUAACCAGUGUGGAGACGCGCGAGCAGACGGGCGGCGGGCUGCGGAUGGGCCGCAAGAAAUACCUCGUAUAUCGAAUCCUUGUCACCGGCCGCGCGGGGCAGUGGUGGAUUGCGCGCCGGUACAACGAGUUCACUGACUUGCACCAGGCACUGAAGCGCGCGUUUCCACAGCACGCAGUCCACUGGGCCGAGCUCCCAGCCCGUCGGCUCAUUGGCGGUCGGGGCGCAUCGGCUGACGCUGCCAUGCAGAGACGCGAGAAACUCAAUCCUGUUCCUGAAAUCGCUGACCAACGACAGCGAGGUGUGCUAUAGCGAGGCGGUGCAGCGGUUCCUGCGUGAUGCGCAGCUGGACGCCGAGUCGAUUCCGUUGCAGGAGCGCGUCGAUGGGGUACGCGAGUCGCUGAAGAUGCAUGGGCAGCUGGAGUUUGACAAGCAGAGCCCAACAAGCCUGGCUAGUCCGAAUCGCCCGCCGCUGCCGCAAGGGUGGGGUGCAGAUGUGUCAGUGGCAGGCGAGGGGCAACAGCAGUAUGGUAUCGGAAAGAUGAAGUCGAUGCCGGUGCUCAGCCAUGCUCAACAGGAACAACAGAUGCAAAUGCAGCAGAUGCAGCAGAUGCAGCAGAUGCAGACGCAGAUACAAAUGCAGCUGAGCCCACAGAGCUUUGUGUUCGCCGUGCCGUUGGCCGAGGAGCCACAGCUUACCGACCUGCCCCAGGGAUACGCAACAGUAGGCGCAGCAGACGGUCGAGACGCGCAGCAGGCGCGUGGAAUGCG